GCGACGCGAGCGGCUGCUGUGCGACAAAGAUGCGAUACGCUUCGCUGCUCAAGUGGAAUGCCAAUCAGCCGAUGACGCACUGCAGCAGCGCCUCAAUAGGCUGCUACGCAUUGCUGCUGUUGCUACUGCUGCACGUUCAGCCAGCUGUUGUGGCCGCUGCAGAUAGUUCCUGCCUCAUACGUGCCACACUCUACGUAACGCCGCCGCAACAGCGUAGCCUGCAGGAUUUUGGUCUGCCUUUGGACAUUGAUUGCACUGAGAAUGCCAGCAGCACUGGAGCUGCUGUCUUUGACUUGGGCGCGCAGCGUGUGGCUGGCAAGUUGCAUGUGCGUCUUAAUGGCAGCCAGACGCCGCCGCUGGACAUGGCCAGCUAUGGCCUGGAAUAUUUGGACAAUUGUGCGCAGCUGGAGAGUCUAGAGAUCGAGCGUUUUGUGCUGGAAGCUAGUCUUGCCUUGAACUGCGGAUCGAAGCUGGAGCUGGAGCUGAAGCAGCUGCGUGUUGUAACCAUGCGCCACAACGAGCUGGGCACGCUCAGCGCCAACAGCUUCGUGUUGCUGCCGCACUUGCAGCAGCUGCUGCUGGAGAACAACUCGCUACGGUUCGUCGAGCCACUCGCAGGCUGCCGAGAGCUGCAGCAGUUGACCAUACGGCACGAACGUCAGUUGGAACUGCGACAGGCCGAGCUGUUGGAGCAGCUGGAGCAACUGCAGCAUCUGGAGCUGACACAGCUGAAGCUUGUGACGAGCGAGUUCUUGGAGGCGCUGCCUGGGCAGUUAACUGAGCUGCUGGUGCAGCAAACGCCCAUAGAGCGGCGACAUCUGCGACUCGGCAACGGCACGGAGCAGCUGCGCAAUCUCAGCCUGGUGCAGUGUGAGCUGAGCGGCUUCACACUAGAUGCCGCAGCAACCUCCAAGCUGCUGCAUCUGAAUUUGAGUGGAAACGCUCUGCGACAGCUACAAUUGUUCAACAGCUCGAUCAUUAGCCUAGAUCUCAGCGCGAAUCACCUGAGAAGCUUGAACAGCAGUUGGUUUGCCCAAUUGACGCAUUUACAGACGCUGCAGCUGCAACAGAAUCAGUUGCAUAGCAUUUCAUGGCUGCAGCUGCUGCAGCUAGCUCCUCAUAGUCUGACCCAGCUGGACUUGAGCUCGAACGAGCUGUUGCGCCUGGAUCACACGGAGGGCGCUGCCUGGGAUCAGGCGCAGCAGCUGCACAUACAAAUCGACGAUAAUCCGUGGAGCUGUCAGUGGUUGCUCAACUUCUCGCAUGCCCAGCCGCAGUUGUUUCGACUGUUCCGCUAUGCCAAAUACAUAUCCCAUAUCAAUGUGAAUGGGUUGAGCUGCCGGCCGCAGCUGGAGGAAGCAACGGUCAAGCCAAGUGCGAACAGCAGUCAACAGGGCGAGGCCCAAGGCAACUGGUCGGUGAGCCAUGCCCAUUUGAAUGUCUCCAGCCACACGGUGCUCUAUGGCAAUCCCAUACAGCAGUCGCACAGCCAGCGCUCGGAGGCGCUCAUUAUAGUGUUCAUGCUGCCGUUGGGCAUAGCGCUGCUCUUUCUGCUCUUGUAUCUCUAUCUGCACUGCGAGCGUAUGUUCCAUUGGUCCUACUACGCCAGCGGCCUGCCCUGCUUUUGCGGCAACAAAGCCUCAAGCAAUCAUCGCUUUGUGGAUCACAUAGACAUCGUGCGCUAUCCCAUCGCCAAUGGCAAUAGCACCGCCAACAUGACUGAGGAUCUGGAGCCGCAGGCGGAUGGCUAUGAGACACCACUGAGUGGCUCCGCCUCCAUUUGCAACUGCGCCGGCCAAAGGCAGUCCACCUGCUCGCGCACCCAUCACGUCACCUAUGAGGUCAUGCCCACAGAUCUGCCCUAUCAGCUAUACACAGAGAUCAAGGAACCGGCCGACGGAGGAGAGGUGGAGGAGCCACUUGAUGAAACGCCCGCAGCCUCAGCGCCCAUCUACGAGCACUUGGGCUUCGAGGAGGAGAAACCGUUGGACGUCUAACAGACUGCUUAAUUACGUAAGCUACAGAAAGAGAUUGUCUAAUAAAUA